AUGUGGUUGGAACUCCCACAGCACAGAAACACCAUCAGUGAACAAAACUGACGUUCUUCUUGUGAAAAUGUUUGGCUAAUCUGCUUUAUCACAAACUGGUUGGAGGCUGAUUUUGGUGACAAACCACCUGACAGGUCCUGCACUGAUGCAAGUCAGUGACAAAGUAUCCCAAAAUACCAACUUUUCAAAACGGUGAAAUAAAAUAAUUUUGAGAGGGCCAUGAAGCACGGAUGGAAGAUUUCCUGAAAAUACCCUGCAGGCUGCCGCCACCACCAAUCCCUCAGCACUUCUCUUUGCAGAGUCAGACGUUUCAUUGCCCACAUCGUUUCUUGUGCCUGCUGUGGUGUGUGCUUUACGUGAUGGAAUCUCUCGAGAGAUCACCGUGACUCCUGUGAGCAACGUCACCUGUCAAUCAUGUCAGAAAUAUUUUGUAACCCUCCAACAUGCAGACCUCAAACCACAGGUUGUGACACUGGCAAAGUUUCCUGUUAUUGCAAGUCGACAGACAGGAGGAUAUUUUCGCUGUGAUUCUCUGUCAGUGGGAGUGGCAUUAAAACCGGUCUGUUGACGAACCACAGACGGACAGUUAUUAAAGUGUUGUUACUACAUAUUCAUAGUGUUAUUGCAUUUUAAUGGCAGUCUAAAAGGACAGAACUAUAAAAAUGUUUCCAUCAUUAAAAUGUAUCAUAUAUUAUUAUAUAUUACUACAACAUAUUGAUAGACAUAAAAAUACAUACACACAUAUAAAUAAAAAAUAUUAAUGUCAGAAUUAUAUUCUUGCUGUCAUUACUUAUCAUCCAUCUAUCUAUCUAUCCUUAUUACUGUUAUUAUUGCUUAUUAAUAUUAUUAUUUCAUGUUUCAAUAACGUGUUUUAAACAAGACAUUAUUUUUUUCAGUUUUUUUAAGAAUUGAGACUUAUCUAUUUAACACACCUAAAUUGUUAUUAAUAUAUAUCGUUAUUAAAUAUUGAUGUCGUCAUUAGUCGUGAUAAUGGAAUGAAGGCUGUGUAAUCUGAGCCUGCUUCAGUCUGACUCUGAUGUUCCUUUUUCUUUUUUUUUUUCUUUUUUGCAUAAUUUAAAUUUCCUCUCAGUGUAAAAAAUGCUUAUUCUGAGGUUUUUGUAUAAAAACUGUUACAACUGUGUGUCACAUACAUACAUUUCUUCUGCUCUGAUUUGAGGUCAUGGAAGAAUACGAUGUCAUUCACAGCUAGGUGAAAAUUAUGAAAAUGAUGCAAUCUUAAAACGCUGACACAUUGACGACAUUCCAUUUUCCCCUUUAAACCUUAAAUUCAUACCAAGCCUAUAUGGGAGGAGUCACGUAUAUGUUGAAUUAUCGUGUGGGGAAAAUCCCCCCCACCCAACCUUUUUUUAGAAUAAAUCUUUUUAACUCUUUCUCUUCCAGUUAGUCUCCACCCUAAACUUGCCUAUAAAUCUACAACACCAUGAGUCCAAGAUCACACACCAAGAAGACUUUCCAGACUCUCUCUAGACUUUUGGCAGCUCGUGCAUCCAUCAUGUCUCCGCAGUCGCUCCUCGCCAUCGUCCUGGGUCUCCUGUCUCUCUUCAGCUGGGCACUGAGCGGACCCAUGUGCACCAACCAGUGUUGUCGAUUUGUGGAGGGUUUCCCCGUCCGGCUGAAGAAGCUCAGGCAGAGCUAUUUACAGAUACGGGACUAUUAUGAAGCAAACAAUGAUUUGGACUCUGUUCUCCUGGACCACAGCAUCGAGGACUCUUUCAAUAGCCCAUUUGCCUGCCAUGUUAUGGACACCAUUCUGAACUUCUACCUCAGCGAAGUGCUGCCGAGAGCUAUGUCCCAGGUGACGGACAAUAUAGACCUGAAGCCUCAUGUGGAGUCAAUACUACAGAUCUUUGACGAGCUCAAGGACGACGUCCACAAAUGUAGAAACUACUUUUCAUGCAAGAAACCCUUUGACAUCAAAGACCUAAACUCUAGCUACACUCAGAUGGAGAGUAAAGGUCUAUUCAAGGCCAUGGGCGAGCUGGACCUUCUGUUUAACUACAUUGAGAAAUACCUCGCCUCAAAACGUCAAAGAACGCGAGUGACCUCUGCCUGAACACACGCUGACCCUGAUAAAUUAUGAAACUGAAUGUAAACGUUAUUAGAUGUCAUUUUUAUUUGUCUCAGCUGGCUGAACUGAUUUUUUUUUUUAUUACAACUGUCUCAUUAUUUGUCCUGGGGACAAGUAAAAAAUGGAUCAUAUUGAGUCAAUAUAAAACAACCUACAUCUUUAAAUCUUUUUUUUUUUUAUUUAUUGUAUGUAUUAUGUUAUUUAUUUAAGUUUGGAAGUGUUUGUUUUUCUUUACUGUUGAAAUCUAAUAAAUAUUUUUUUCAUGAAAACCAAACAGUAUUUACUCCUGAAGUGAAUUUUGUGACGUGCCAGCAGCUAACGUGUCAUUUUUUAGGAGAUGUGAGAAGAAUGUGCAUUACAUCCUGCAGUACUGCAGUACAAUAUAUGAGGGGAACUCAAAAGUGUUGAGUGUAAACUCAAUAGGCUGAUGCUCUAACCUCAAACAUGACCUAUAUCACAUCACUUACCAGAAGCGGCAUUGCUGUGUAUAAACUUACAGUAAAUAAGUAAGUAAAGAGCCGGCUUUACAGCCGUGGCACAUGUGUCGUAGCUCAUGUUCUCACAGUCAAACAGAAACAAGGUUAAAGGAGUCACACGUGUGCCUGUCGGGACCUGUAUUUAUUUAACGAAGCCACUGCUCAACAUUAAUCAGGAUUUUCUGAAGAAUCCACUGCCCUCAGGCUCAUACCGCUCCUCGUCGUACGGCUCAUAAACACACUUUGGUUUUGAAUCACCUGUCUGACCUGGCAGCCUGACCUGUCUGACUGUUAUGACUGACUGUAGCUACUGAGAGAGCCUUGGUUUUGGGGGUGAGGGUGAGAAAAAAUGUUUGUUUGGUGCUCAUUCACCUUUUUUUUUUUUUACCAUUUUCCAAUUCAUUCUUAUAUAUUUUCUUACAGAUAUCACAAAUUGGCAGUACGUAUACACACACACACACAUAUAUAUGUGUGUGUGUGUAUGUAUGUUUCUGUAUAUUCUGUAACAGAGGAUCUCAUCACUUUUGUGAUCAAACAAUAAUUCCGGCUCAAUCCCCCGCUGGCAGUUUUCUUAGAAGAACGUUCUUUACAAAAAAAGGCAGCUUUUUAACAUAAUCAGCUCAAAAGUAAUCACAAGUGCAGAGAGGGGGAAAAAUCAAAGCCACCACAACAACCACAACAUGUACAGAGAGCUGUACUUGACAGGAAGGAGUUUGAAUUCCAGCACAUGUCUCAGUGACAGCAACACUGUUUCCAUUUCAUGUCAUCUGAAGCCAUCUCUGUUGGUGGCUCGGAGCCGCGGCUUUCUUGCUGAGGUGUGGCAUCUCACUGCUGCUAUCUCGGCUCCGUCAGAGAGGAUGCACGUUUUUGUCUGAGUCAAGGUGGCAACCCACUUCAAAAACUACACUCCGCGACACCACGUCGAGCUGAGAAGCCUCGACGUGAAUUCACACCUUUGUCACAAAAAGGUAUUGGUGUGCCAAAACAAUGCCUUCAAGUUUCACACUUUGUUUUUAUUUUCAAGAGUGAUAACAAAAGUGGAAAGUUCAGCACACCUACAGCGCAGCUGGUGGUCUUUAACAUCACGUGCACGGUUCUUCCUGCUGCCUCUUAAAUACAGACCCCUUUUCCAGAAGGGUUUCUUUGGCUUUAUUUAAUAUCUGUGGAUAGUUUUGUUUUUUUUUAAACUAAAACCCUUUUGUUUGACAUUUCAGAUUUUUAAAGUUUAGAAGAAGUUCAAUUAUAAAAGAGACAUUGUCUCCCAAAGACUAGGUCGUGACCCUCAGGUGGGUCGCGUAUCUGCUGCUAACACAACAGUUUCCCAAAUAUGGGAUCAAUGUAGUACAAAUGUAUUUAUUUAUUUUAUUUUAUUCUGCUCAAGUAUCUUUGAAACAAUGUUUCCCAGCACAUGAUCAUAUAGACCAGGGAUUCCCAAAUUAAGCUGCACUCCUGGGGGUGCUCCAGUUGCCACUAGGGGGAGCACGGAAUAAGAAAUUUCCACACAAUAAAGACGUUUAUAUAUAUUUUUUAAACUUUUUUUUUUUGGGGGGGGGGUUAUAUUGGGGGACUGCAUCAGCAGUUUGGGUACUGCUGGUGUAGACUACAGGCCUGUCACCACUCUGAUCUGAUAUUCAUUUCCUCAUUCAGUCAGUCACGAUCCACUGCUUAAUCCCUAGAGGGGCUAGAGCAAAUUCCAAAUCAAUGGGGGGAGGGCAGGGACCCCCUGGACAGUCCACCAUAGGGCCACAUACAAGGCCAAAUGAGCAUGGUUCUGGGCUGUGGAGGGAAACUGGAAAACCCCCCGAAAACCCACACACAAUACGAAAACUCCAUACAGACAGGUUGUCCGGGGAUUGAACCAGCAAACUAGUGACCUCCUUGCUGUAAAAUAAUUUUCUACCAUGUGGCCCUUUAGCCCUCAUUUAUUUUAAGGGAAUUUUGGAUCAGGAUGUAAAGGCCUCACCUCUAAACCGUGUUGAAAGGUACAGUAAUGGACUGGUGUGGAAACCACUGCUGAAUGCGCAUGGAAAUCCCAUGGAACCCUAUUACUGAAGAUACACUGCUACCCUUUUGGACAAGGCGACGCUACCUGGGCUUUACUUUAGCAAAAAUGUUCUCGAAAGCCAUAAAAUACCUUAAGAACAAGACGGUGCAGGAACACCUGUCGACAGUAAAAAAAAGUUUACUGUUAUUCACAGGAUAAUGCAUUCAUUUCAUUGUGUUUCAUCAGUCUCUUAUUGAAACGAGGCAGAGCGAGAUGACUGGGGGUUUCGUUGCACUCAAAACUUGAAGACAAGUGGCAGUGUCUAAACCGCACCUGGAGAGAAAUCACAUAUCUGCAGAAAACCGGUCUAAAUACACUGCAGUUGGGAAAUAUCUGUGAUGACAAAGACCCCAGGCAGCUCACUACACAAAUGCGUAUAUUCCAGAAGUCACUCAUAGUUGCAAACAUGACACUUGUCACAAGAUGAGUCUUUGUCAAAGUCACGGGUCCGGAGCCGUCCCAAAAACCCCAAGUUUGAAACUAGCUGAGCUGAAGCAUGAAAAAAAAGAGGGAAACAAUAUAUUAAUCUUUGUGUCUUUUUUCUUAAAAUGACUAAUUUAAUACUCAACACAGUUAAUGGUAGUUCUUUAUAAUUUCUAAACAUUUAUUGUUUAUUUGAGACCACCUUUAUUUGUCCCCCAUUCAGGAAAUGUGUUAAAUAAAAUAAGGAGGAACACCAUAUACGGGACAUAUUGGGCAAAAUAGACUUUUAGUACAUGAACUUCCACCUCUUGAGUUCUGACGACUGACUAGACGUUUUAUUAUCUGCCAAAAUCUUAAAAGCCGCUCCAACAUCAUGAGGAUUAUAAUAAUUCUGCACUCAACCGUUGCCACGGUAACACAAAGCCGCCCUCAGGUCUUCAACCAGCAGAAGCACAAACUGGCUCAUUAGCAUUUAAAUUCAUUAGAAAAAAAAAUAUUAAAAAAAUAAUAACUAAAACAUGGCCAGGGUUGUGCUUUAUGUUUUUUAAUCCAAAGCUGAAGCAAAAAGUACGGCAAGUGAAGAUGAACAAAGAAUGUAGGGAAGAAAAAUGUGUGCUUCUAAUACAGAGUGAUUAAAGGAAAAAAAAAACAAAAAAACAUUGUGAACAUUUCCCACAAACAUUCAAUGAACAUCUUUAAAGUGAGA